GUGCGGUUCUUCGAGGCAGUGGCCUUGCCCUUCGGGGCCAUAAGUGCAGUUACGGGGUUCAACAGGGCAGCCCGGGCCCUUCGCAUCUGUCUUUCGCGCCUCCUGCUGCUGGUGGUCUCGAACUUUUUCGAUGACUACUGUCAACUUGAGCUAGAGGGAUUGAAGGUGUCAGCCCGGAACACAGCGGAGGAGUUCAUCGACCUUUUGGGGUGGAAGAUCUCGCAAAGUGGAAAGGCUCUUCCGUCGUUUGCUUCUGAGUUCGUCAUGCUCGGGGCACAGAUUUCCUUCGAGGAGGCUGAUCAAGGUUUCGUUCUUGUGCACAACAAGCCUGGUCGCGUGGAAAGCAUCAGGCAAAUGGCCAAGCCCUUUCUGGAAGGUGGCCCUCCGGAUGCCAGGAUUCUGCAAUCCCUCAAGGGUAAGUUGCUUUUUGCUUCGAGCCACACAUUUGGCAGAUGUGCGCAAGUGGCCACACAAUCAAUUUGCCAUGAUUGUGCUGGCGACCAGGUGGAUUCUACCAGGCAAGCCGUUGCCUUUGCUUUGUCCCUGCUCGGGGAUGCCAAGCCACGCAGGGUAGGGCCUUGGUCUUACUUACCCCCUGUUGUCAUCUUUACCGAUGGCGCUUGCGAGCAGGAUGGCGAGGUGGUUUCUUUGGGCGCUGUCCUGAUAGACCCUUUGUCCGGACGCCAGGAAGUCCUGGGUGCUGAGGUGCUGGCAGUGGUGGUUCAGGCAUGGCGAGCGGGAGGAAAGCGUCAGGUGAUCUUCUUCGCAGAAAUUUACCCCAUCUUGAUUGCCAAGAAAACGUGGGCCAAACUCCUUGAGGGGAGGCGGGUCUUGAUCUUCAUUGACAAUGAGGCAGCCAAGUUUUCUUUUGUGCGGAACUACUCCGCUCAGAUUAAUGCUACCGCCAUGUUGCCUGAGAAUGCCCAACUUGAUUUUCACUCGCAAGCGCUGUGCUGGUACAGCCGUGUACCUAGCAAAAACAACAUUGCUGACGCCGCAUCUAGACUGGCUUUUGAGUCCUACGUGGGCUUCCGCAAAGUGGCACCAAUCUUCAGCCUGUUAGGUGGAAGGGGGAGGAGGCACAGGCAGCUGUGCUUGUGCCAGGUUGAUUGA